AUGAAAUUACCGCUAUUGAUGUUUAUAUUUCAUGAUAUUAUCAUAGAGAAGUUUCUCGCAGUUUCUCGACUUCCUUCUUUCUUUUAUCGUCGGCAAUCACAGAAGAACCACCGAACUCCGACAAAUAUGGAAAAAUGUUUAAACAUGCUACAAGACAAAUCUCGACGUUCAUCUCGUCAACGGAAGGCAACGCUACGUAAUAUUCCGAAUUCAUUUAGCCCGGCAUUGUCAGGACAACUAAAAUCGCCUCUACUAUCCAUAAUCAACCAACCAAAUAAGCCAUCGGCUUCUAAAACAACAAUUAAGAUUGACCUUCUUUUGCCAAUUAAAAUCUUCCUUGCUAUGGAAAAAUCAACUGGUGCAUUUUUGCAGUUCGACAUAGAAUUAGCUCGAAAAACUAUGCUUGAAGCACAUGCUCAUUUGCUGAAGCAAAAACAGAAAUUCUGA